GUUACGAAGACGCCACUUUCUUCUUCCCUUCGUCAUCGCCGUCGUCCUCCCGCUCCCAGCUGAAAACAUAGCUCCCCUUCCACUUUGCUGCUCUCGUUUUCCCAAUUCUACGUUCGUUUGAGGAGACAAAAAUGGGGAAAUUUCUGUUGCUGAUUCUUUUAGCUGCUAAUUUUUGCCACUUCUCAUUGGCUGACCAGAUCUUCCCAGCUCAACUAGGUGGUACAUUUAGUCGCAACUCUCGUGGGCCAAAAUACAAUAUUGAAUUCCAUCCAGAAGAUUCUCCUUACCAUCCGGACGACGACCAGGAAUCUGUCUUUAUGCCCAAUAAAAAUGGAAAGAAUUACUUAUGUUUCUUGCCUAAGGUGGAGAAGUCCAAGACUGGAAAGCCAGCUGUUCAGAUGAACAUGAGUAGUAUGAUUGUGGAAUCUGAGAAGCAAGUCAAAUUGAAAACUCCAGAUGAGCUGCUUGAAGCAUUAAAAGAGCAAUGCUUUGUCAGGCAAGAGGGAUGGUGGACAUAUGAAUUCUGUUACCAGAAGAUGCUACGACAAUUUCAUUUGGAGGAUGAUGAGAUAGUCCAGCAGUUUGUAUUAGGUGUCUAUGAUGCAGAUGCAACUGCUAAUCUCAACCAGAAUCUCUCUGAUAUAUCGACUUUGAAGGAUCCUCGCUCAAAAGAUGCAUCCCAAAGGUAUCAUGCCCAUCAUUACACAAAUGGAACCAUGUGCGAUCUCACAAAUCAGCCACGAGAAACUGAGGUAAGAUUUGUUUGCUCGGAGCCCAGAGCCAUGAUUAAUUCUCUCACAGAACUAUCAACAUGCAAGUAUGCACUUACCGUGAGAUGCCCGACGCUCUGCAAGCAUCCAUUAUUCCAGGAAGAGAGACCAGUGUGGUACACCAUUAACUGCAACGUGGUCCCUGAUGAUUACAAGGAAACAGAGCAGAGUGAAGAAGUAGAAGAUCAGAUUGUCAUGGUUACAGACAUCAAAUAUCCAAAAAAUGAUUCUGAAGAGUAAUGUGAAUAUUUAUAUCAUAGAAGUUUUAUCAACCAAUCUAACCUUACGAAAGCAGGUAUUCCUCUGUAGAUUUGGAUUCUUUCUUCAAAUUCAAAUUAUACAGUUGCUCGUGGGGAUUGAUCGAUCGAUCGAUUUUCAAGCCCCACAACGUAAAACACCCGCGUGGAAUUUUUCAAAUGCUUUGGUCAGAUUUGAACAUAGGUCAACCUGAAAGCUACUGACAGGUAUGGCAGUCGUUUUAUGGAAUUUAUUGUAUUCGCCAAUGGUCCAACUUAAUUGUAGGGGGAAAGCAUUUAGUUUUUAUUGGUAAACUCAUCUGUAGCUUGCUUUUGCCACAAUAAUAACGAUUGAAAGACUAUUAUUUGAGUCAAUGACAAAACAUCAUAGUUAUCUCAGA